GUCGCAUCUAGAUGUAUCCGGCUGAUGUGACGGCCGUUGACUCCGUUUCUAAUUGUGGUUAACUACAAGAUUAACUAUUCUUUUGCUUCUUAUUCAACAGGUGAAGUUUAAUCCGAUGACUCUUUGGAGUGUCUGAGUGCAUGAACGGCGCCUGAUUGUUAGUCUUCCUAUAGAAUAAAACUGAGUAACAAUACGCAAAUAAACAUUAAAUAGGUAUUAUGUUUACGAAAGGAGUUUAACUCAAACUGAAACAAUAUAAUGUGUAUGACUAAUUGAUUCUGAAGAAUGCUGCUGCUAACAUGCGACAAAAUAAAUGCAACUGCGCAGUAUGUCAGGGGACUAUUUGUUGGUGUUACUGUACAUUGAACAUUUUUACGUAUGUAUGUGCUACAACCCUCCAUUAACUGGAAAGCUAAACAUCUGUCUGACUACCUUUAUUUAUUAAGACUACAACAACGCACAUGUCUGAACCAUUGAGUAAAUAAUAGCAUAUAAUUAACACUGUAGGUACAUAUUCGUAGAAAUGUAUACUAGGUUAUAAAAUUAUUGUCGCUUUACGUAAUAAGUAGAUAUUAACAGGAACUCUAGCAAAUAAAAAUCUUUGAAAACAACAUAUUUUAUAUAUAUUAUUUAUAGGACUUUUUAUCUUAGAGACCAUUUGAGAGACCAUACGUAACAUUAUUGGCGGGAAAAGGGUAGGUAUUCACAUCGCAUGUGUACCUAUCACUAAGAGGAAUACGUUGGUAACUUUUAAUGUAUUUAUUAAUUCUUCAAAAUUAAAAUAAAUAAUGUUGUUGAUUGAAACUCGCAGCUAUUUACUCGGUAUAUAAGUAUUUUAAGAAUAACAUUCAUACGGUACAAGUUCAUUAAUCUCCAAACAAUACAAUUAGUUGUUCACAUCACAAUGGCACGAUUUAUCACUUUGUACUACGCGAGUUGUUUACCCUUGCUUGACUGCCUGGCUGUAGCUGUAAGGACGGAUGGGACUGGCCUUGCCUUGGCUGUCGUAGUAGUUGAUCAGUGCUUGAACACUACCGGGGCCAGGGGUUGGAGCAGGUUGGGCUGGUCCGGUUGGGAUGACCAAGCUGCAAGCUGGUGCUGGAGCGCGUGCGGGUGCGGGUGCGACUGGUUUAGGCACUACCGGCGCGGCUGCUGGGCUCGGUUUGGCCGCGGGGGCCUGUACGGCCGGUUGCACCCUCAUCCCCCCACUCUCCAUAUUAAUAAAGUCGAUGUUAGCAUUUUUGUUUAUGGGCAAUAUCUUCCGACCUGAAAUUAAAAUUCGUAAACAUGAAGAAAGUCGUAUUAGCUUCUUACCUACCAAACAGUAGGUAUUGUAUGGCUGUGUGAUUAGUAGAAAUGGGUUGGAAACUGAUUCAUCAUUCAACCGCAGAACGAUAAGCAAAAUUAUCGUCAUUCUGCGUACUUGUUGAUCAAACCAAUAUAUCGAAUUAUAUUUAUUGCAAUCGUUCAUAAAUAACCACAUUGAAAGAUUGGUCACCUUGAUGAAUGUUCAAAUGAAAUCAUUGUUUUGAUGAUGCAUCGACCAUACCCACCCAGGAAAAAAACAUAAAAAACAAAAAACCUUUAAACCUUAUCUUCAAAACAUCGGUCAUUAAAUUAUGAUUCGUUUUCGAACAUAUAGGUAGGUAUCUGAUGAAUGCGUUGCACAAUUCAUUCAAGUUUACAAUAUCAUAAAGAAGGCAAACAAGUGUCCAGUAUCCGCACAUGGCGAGCAGAACGCAAGUAGUGUACAUAAUUAGUACAAUUUAUGCGAACUGAGGUGUAUGUUUGAAACUUGUGGGGGUCAAUUCUGUUUACCAAGACAGAAUCCACUCGUAUCACAUUACACAUUCAGGCCGGUCACCGUUGUCGACGCAAAAACCAUCGCACUAAGAAUCCUAAUAACACAUAUCUAUAAUACGUGCAUGACAUCACCCAAAGGUCGCGCAGUAUCGCCUAGUCGCCGCGGGCUCAGAGAUCACUAGUGCGCCGUGAUCGCGCUAGGAACAACGUAGUUUUUAUCCAAAAUGAAAAUCGUGCUGGUUUUAUUGGUUUGUUUGGCGGCAAGCCGGGCCGACGACUUCGGACAAGCGCGGGCCAGAUCUUCAACAGCAUCUUGCCCAAUCUGAUCAGCAACUCUGUGACUGGUCAACAAGGAAACACUGCUACCAACACUCUUCAGCAGAUAGGAACCGUAGUAGGCGGUGUCGUCGAUUAUGCCAAGAAGAAGAGCUACGAGGAUCUGCUGCGUCAGGUGCAGGACUCCACCACAGAUGAAGAUAUUCUUGAGAGUGAGCGAGGAAAUGUUCAAUGCGGACAUCAACAACGCUUUGCCAUACAUCCAAGUAAAUUUGCAAGGCCAAACCAGCGCUCUGUCGAAGGACGACAAAGCACCGUCAAACCUCCUGAGCGUGCCUGAGAACGUGUGGAAUGGUCCAACAAUCAGGCCUUUUGCUGCCCUCUUCGACAACUACCACAAAAACGUGAUAAGGCCAGAAUUCGUCACACCUAAUGAGGAAACGGAACAAGUCACUUUUAUAAACACAAUCCUCGCGACCGGGCCAGUCAGGAGUCUAAUGAACUUUUUGGUCAGCAAAGGUUUGACUCAGAUGAAUGAAUACAAUGAGCAAGUGCAACUGCUGAAGAAGAUCUGGUUCACAAAGUACGCGCGCCACUGGACCGGCCUCUGCAAGUGCAGCUGCGCCUUCGAGAACAUUUUCAUGGCCGAACUUAAAUCCAACGACGUACUUGGACUCCACAGUUGGCUGUUCUUCGCCAAGCGUGAACAAGAUCGCAAAGCCAAUUACUUGGGCUACAUAGACAAACUGGAUCUCUCUGGGAAAGGAAUGAUUCUGAAGCAGCACUCCGUUUUGAGUGACACUAAGGACGCCCCGGAGGUGACGAUGUUCGUGGGCACAUCCCCCGAGUUGGAGCUGUCCCUGUAUACUCUGUGCUUCAUGGCGCGCCCCGACCGGCCCUGCAGACUGCGCUACAACAACGUCAACUUCUCCAUACAAACCAAGACCUUGAAGUCGGAGAACGUACUCCUCAUCGACACCGCCUACCCCUUCUACUAACAUAACAAACUAUACGUAUACAUACCUCAGCAUAUACUCAAUACAUGAUAUUUAUACACCUAAUUUUAAAAGCAAUGUGUAAAUAAACUCUUAGCUCUCUUGAUUUUUACUUCAAUAGAUAUAAAUAAAUGAUCCAAAAUCAUGAGCUAUGACUUUAUGUACUAAAACAAAGAUAAUGCCAGAAACGAGCAAGUUAUCAGAGGCCGAUCCGCGGGUCGUGCUCUCACGAUAAGCAUGUAAUUAAACACGAAUUUCGCAAUAACUUAUUACAAGUAUUGAUAACGUGUAUGAUAUUAAAACCAAUUCAAUGUAAA